AUGAACGUCCUGACGCUGUUCCUGUCCACCUUCGUCCUUUGUUGGGCUGAAGAUAAUGACAAGUUAACGAGUGCAAGCAACAACCUUGGCCUCCGCCUCUUUCCUUUGUUUCCAAGCCCUCCUGAAGAAAAUGUAUUCUUUUCGCCCUGCAGCCUCUCAGUGGCGAUGGGAAUGGCCUACGCCGGAGCAAGAGGGGAGACACGACAAGAACUCUACGAUCACCUGGGUUACUCCAGUGCCGGCCUCCCAGAAGCGCAGGUCUUAGAUGCGCACGCUCGUCAGAUGCAGCGACAUCAACCUGGUCAGUCCAACACGACAAUCGACGUCGCUAACAGCGCGGCAAUCCACUUAACACUGUCUCUGCUGAACGAGUACGAGAACACAUUGAAGAACUCCUUUAAAGCCGAUCUUCAAACGGUUGACUUCGUAGACGGUGGACAGGCUGCCGUCGACGUCAUCAACAGAUGGGUCAAGGAGAAGACCCAUGAUAAGAUCGAGAGUCUCUUCAGUGCGCCUCUUAGUCCCCUCACACGUUUUGUCUUGCUGAAUGCCAUCUACUUCAAGGGAACAUGGGAGACCGAGUUUGAGAAGAAAAAUACCAGAAAUAUGCCCUUUUUGAAUGGUGGCGUGACUCAAGCAGAGGUUCAAACUAUGGUCGAGAAGAUUCGUAUUCGCCACAACAGCUUCGAGGAUUUGGGUGUCGACGUCGCGGAGUUGCCGUACCGUGGUGGUGACUACAGCAUGCUCAUCCUGUUGCCCAAGGAGAAGACCGGUGUAGAGGCGCUGAAGAAAACCCUUACGGCAGGACUUCUACAGACUCUCAUUGAUCGCCUGGUACAACGUGAGGUUACAGUAUUUCUUCCCAAGUUUAAGCUGGAAACCAAGUACUACCUGAAGGAAUUUCUCCAGAAGUUGGGCAUCAAAAGGAUCUUCGGCAAAGAUGCUGAUCUGUCCGGGAUCUCCGAAGACGCCAGCCUGAAAGUGUCGGCCGUGGUGCAGAAGGCGGUCGUCGAGGUCAACGAAGAAGGCACCGAGGCGGCAGUGGUGUCGGGCGUGGUCGGCGCCAUCAGGGCGUCGGCACCACAACGAAGUUUCGAAUUCAGAGUUGACCAUCCUUUCUUAUUUUUCAUCCGAAACACGCGCACAAACGGGCUUUUGUUUAUGGGGCAAGUAAACAAGCUUUGA